GUUGUUGUUGGAGUGUUCAGGAUUCCGUGACCCUUUGAACGCACCAGUCGUCAGCGUCACAGUGCGCAUGGGCAAGUUAACAAAGCUGGCGCGAAACAACAAGAGUUGGGAAUUCCUUUCUACUGAGUCUAAACGAGCCAGUGUUAAAAGUACAUUAUACCACAGUUCAGCCAUUUUAACGGGUCAAACAGUAGAAGGGACUACAGCGCUAGAAGAAGUACCUCUCUAAACAAGAACAACUACUCUUGCUGCUGCCGACUGACGCCAGAUGACAGAAUGCCUUCACUGACUCUUAGCGGAGUGGCUGUAAAUUUCCCUUUUUCUCCCUACGAAUGUCAGAAGGCAUACAUGAACAAAGUGAUCGAAUGUCUUCAGAAGAAAGUCAAUGGUGUUCUGGAGAGCCCCACAGGCACAGGUAAGACUUUGUGCCUACUGUGCGCCACCCUGGCCUGGAGGGAGAACUUCAAGGACACCAUCUCUGCUCGGAAGAUAGCAGAGAGGCUGGGCAAGGAGAUGUUUCCAAACACACCUCUGUCUUCCUGGGGGACAGCUGCCACUGAUGGUGACAAACCAACUUACUACACUGAUGUCCCCAAGAUCGUAUACGCAUCGAGGACACAUUCUCAGCUUGCACAAGUUAUUAGUGAAUUAAAGAACACUUCAUACAGGCCAAAGGUGUGUGUGCUGGGCUCAAGAGAGCAGUUGUGUAUUAACCAGGAAGUCAUGCGUCAGGAGAGCAACCACGUCAAAGUUCAUAUGUGCAGAGCCAAAGUUUCCACCAGGUCAUGUGUCUACUACAACAACGUUGAAGAUAAGAGCACUGACAGAGAUUUGGUUAAUUCUAUCCUCGAUGUGGAAGAUUUGGUCCAAUUUGGCACCAAACAGAGAGUCUGUCCUUACUACCUCUCCCGUUCACUGAAACAACAAGCAGAUGUCAUUUUUAUGCCAUACAACUACUUGCUAGAUCCAAAGAGCCGCAAGGCACACAAUAUCGACCUGAAUGGAGCUGUGGUUAUCUUUGACGAAGCUCACAAUGUGGAGAAGACAUGUGAAGAAUCAACCUCGUUUGAUCUGACUCCCUAUGAUGUAGCCUCGGCCAUCAAUGCUGUGGACAGGCUGCUUGUGGAGCAGGCUAAAGAAAUCAGCCACAAAGACUCUGUGAGUGAAGACGUCAACGUGGAAUCCCUCAGCUCUGGUUUAAAGUUAGAUUUGUCCACCAUCGCUAAAAUCAAACAGAUACUACUGGAUCUGGAAGCUGCCAUUGAUUCCUAUGAUGUUCCAAGUGAAAAAGGCAUUACCAAACCUGGAAUUUUCAUCUAUGAGGUGUUAGAAAGAGCUCAUCUGACCUACAGCAACAAGACGGCAGUCUAUGAAGCUCUGGAGCAGAUCAGUGGAUACCUGGCAGGACAGCCCGGAAUAUUCCUCAAUACAAGUGGACUCCAGAAGCUGUCUGAUAUCAUACAGCUGGUAUUUUGUGGUGAACCGUCAGAAAAGGACAGACAGCACCAGAUGGAGACCAACACGGCUCAUUUUAAGGUUCAUAUCCAUCGGGACACCAGCUUUCACAAAAAGAAACAGAGUGUUGACGUGUGGGCUUCAUCUUCAUCAAAAAAACAAGGCAAUAUUCUGAGUUACUGGUGCUUCUCUCCGGGCUUCAGUAUGCAAGAUCUGGUGAAUCAAGGCGUUCGCUGCAUCAUUCUGACCAGUGGUACCCUCUCUCCCCUGUCGUCUUUCACAUCUGAGAUGAGAAUAGAAUUCCCAGUACGUCUGGAGAACAACCAUGUGAUUGAGCGGGACCAGAUCUUUGUGAGCAUCAUUGCACAAGGGCCUGAUGGAGCGCACCUAAGUUCAGCGUUUGAUCGGAGGUUUGUUCCUGAAAACAUGGCGUCUUUAGGCAACACCGUUGCUAACCUGAGCCGUGUGGUUCCUCACGGACUCUUAGUAUUUUUCCCUUCCUUCCCUUUAAUGGAAAAAACAUUGGAAUUCUGGAAAGCUAACGGACAUGCAAACCGCAUUGAGAACAUAAAGCCUAUGUUUGUUGAACCUAAAGGGAAGGGCACCUUUAAUGACGUUAUUGAUGGUUAUUACGGCAAAGUCAAUGAUCCAGCAUCCAAAGGAGGAUCCUUCUUUGCUGUGUGUCGAGGGAAGGCGAGCGAGGGUCUGGAUUUUGCAGACACCUAUGGUCGGGGUGUUAUCAUCACUGGCCUUCCUUUCCCUCCAAAGAACGACCCUCGAGUCAUCCUGAAAAUGCAAUUUUUGGAUGAGAUGAAUCGAAAGAAAGCUCCAGGGCUCAAGUACUUAUCAGGGCAAGACUGGUACAAACAGCAGGCUUUCAGAGCUGUGAAUCAGGCCAUCGGUAGAGUGAUUCGUCACAAGGAAGACUAUGGAGCGAUCUUCUUGUGUGAUCAGAGAUUUAAAAGUGCCGAUGCCCGGGCUCAGCUUCCAUCGUGGGUGAGGUCAUAUGUGCGCCUCUGUGACAGCUUUGGCAACGUGGUCCGUGAUGUCUCGCAGUUCUUCAGGAUUGCACAAAAAAUGAGGCCUGUGGUUGAGAAGAAGGCUCCAGCAGACAGCUGUGCGACUGUGUGUUCAUCAGACACUCAGUCCUCCAGUUUCACCUCUUGCUCCUCCUCACAAACGUCUCACACCCAGAAGGCCAAAGUGCUGGACACCUGCCUUCCCAGCCUGAAGAGGAGGAGACUCAAUGAGAACAGUGGAGCCAGUGGAAUGGCCAGGAUCUGCCUUGAGUAUGAGAGUGAGGUGCAGGACAGUCAGAGGAGACCAGCCAACCUGCUGGAUGCUUUGGAGCAAGGCAACCACGGCACUGGAGAGGACAGUGAUUUUACCAUGGGAGAGGAAAAGGCAAAUCAUUUGUCCACACUGUCUCUUCAAUACGAUAAGAGGAUGGAGGAUGAGUUGCGGGGUGGAAAACGUAAAAUCAAGUUGGUCCAAGAACAGAAGCCGAGUGUCUCUGAGGAUUUGUCUGAAGAAGGAAAGGCGAGCAGGGCUAAGAAAUUCCUGGCCGACAUGAAGAAGUCCCUGAGUCAGGUCAGCUUUGACCGCAUCAUACGGGCUCUGCAGACCUACAAAAAGACCGACAACCUGGAUCACCUGCUGACUGAGACAGCAAUUUUAAGUGAAGACACUAAUACUCAGAGUCUCCUCCAUGGCUUCUACCAGUUUGUUCGCCCACACCACAAAAAGAGGUUUGAUGAAAAUUGCCAGGAGCUGACAGGGAAGGGCUGUGGAUACAAACCUGAUCACACUCUGUCCAAGGAUGAGAAGAAGACUGUAAUGCUGCAGAACGGUUCUACAUCAAAGAAUGAAGUCCACACUACCUUUCUGACUGAUGUGAAAAAAGCUCUUGGGGCAGAGAGAUCGACACAGCUCUUUCAGGCUAUUCACACCUACAAAAACACAGACAACUAUGAAAAACUGGUGACCACAGCAGUGAACUUAUUCACUGAGAGAGAUGAGAACUUCGGCCUUCUUGUCAGAUUUGGUAUGUUUAUUCGUCCUAACCACAAGAAGCAGUACAAAGACAUGUUGGAUGGCUUGAUAGGUCAGCCAGUCUCUGCUUCUGAUGUUCCUGUUAUGAUUGAGGAGCAGCAAGAACAACCUGAAGCUUCGCUUUUGUCUCCUUUGAGGUCCCAAAGCAAGAUUUCCAGUUAUUUCUCAAGCAGCCAAAGAAGAUAGAAUGCAAGUGAAUACUAAAUGAAUGGUCCAGAAUUCCUUAUUGAGUUCAGGGUAUCAUAGUUCAAACUAACGUGAGUUAAAUUUCUGUCUGUUGUCUUCAGUGACCAUCCCAGGAACAAGUCUGUUCCUCUGCUGAGUGGAUCUUCUUUUUUUAACUUGUUCUUGAUGUUUGAUGUUUUGAAUGUAACUGUAAAGAAAUUAGCUUUUUUCCAUGUGAUGAAAUGUAAAUCUGAUAUGGAUAAAUAAAAUCUUUUUCAUUUUGUAAGAUAA